CACUUCAAUGGACUCCCUCCGCGCUCCUGCAUGCCUUCCCUGACAAGCCCCUGCUCCACCACCUGACUCGCUCCACGUGCAAUCCCAGAGCCGAAGAUCAAUUCAAUCUUGGUUUGGUAGUGUAUAAAGAAGGGUCGAAGAGCCACAAUCUCCAUCUCCAGCUCCAUCGUUCAUCGGUUCAUGGAUCAGCAACCUAUCGCCGGCGACUCUGAUCUCGAGCUGCUCGGCUCCUGGGCCGACUCCCACACCCACCGCGUCCAGCUCGCCCUCAAGCUCAAGGGGUUGCCCUUCGAGUACCAGGAAGAAGACCCCCUCCGCCCUUCCCCCGCCGUUCUCCUCCACAACCCAGUCUACGGGAGCCUCCCCGUCCUUCUCCACCGCGGCCGCGCCGUACUCCACUCCGUCGUCAUCCUCCAGUACCUGGACGAGACGUGGCCCCGCGGGCGCCUUCUCCUCCCCUCCGACCCCUGCGACCGCGCCGCCGCCCGCUUCUGGUCCCACUUCGCCGACGACAAGCUCGCCCCCUCCGUCGCCGCCGUCUUCUCCUCCUGCCCCGGGGACGGGCGGAAGGCCGCCGUCGAACAGGUGCAUCAGAACCUGAAGCUGCUGGAGAGAGAGAUGGGCGGAGGCGGCGCGUUCGAGGGGAGGCGGUUCUUCGGCGGCGACGAGAUUGGGGUCCUCGACGUCGUCCUCGGCUGCGGCUCCUACUGGCUCGCCGUCUUCGAGGAGGCGAUGGAAGUGAAGCUGGUGGACCCCGAGGCGUUCCCGCGCUUCCACGCCUGGCUGAGGGACUUCGAGGAGCAGAGAGAGGUGAGGGAGACGAUCCCUCCGAUCGACAAGCUACUCGAGUACGCCAACGCCGUCCGACAGAUGAUGCUCGGCGGCACCGCCGACGACAAUGUGGCUGUCAAUUAGAAACUACGUACUCUGUUUCUGUCGUGCUAUGCGUCUUGUUUAUGGUAAUCAGUGAAGGAUCAUUGGGCUGAGACAAUUCCAUUUCGCCCCAAAUCUUUUCACUUAUCUCAGCUUUCGACGUUUUGAUAAAUGGAAGGGAACGAAAUAAAAUAGUUUUUGAAAGUAAA